AUGGGGAGGCUGCAGCCUGCUGAGGAGGUUCAGGCUCUGCCCGGGGGUCAGACUACCACAAUUAGCCAAGAGAGUGGUACAGGCCCUCCGGGGAGGCGGGGGAAGCCUGGCCGGCGCGGAGAACCCGGUCAGCCAGGGCAGUCAGGACGCGAUGGUUACCCGGGGCCUCUUGGUUUGGAUGGCAAACCAGGACCUCCAGGACCAAAAGGGGAAAAGGGUGAAGCAGGGGACGUUGGCCCAAGGGGCGAUCAAGGUCAAGAUGGAGCCACUGGCCCCCCUGGUCCGCCAGGACCCCCAGGUGCCCGGGGGCCUCCUGGUGACACGGGAAAAGAUGGCCCAAGAGGACUUCCAGGCCUCCCUGGUUUCAAAGGCGAGCCGGGAGAGGAUGGCCUCGUGGGUGCCAGGGGACCUUCAGGACCAAAGGGUGAGCCUGGCAUCCAAGGGAAAAAGGGUGAUGAUGGGAUCCCUGGGGAACCAGGACUUAUGGGCCCUAAGGGAGAAAAAGGAAGCGCGGGUCCCAAGGGAGAGAACGGCACAGAUGGCUUCCCAGGACCCAAGGGUGAACCUGGUGAGAAGGGAGGAAUUGGCUCCAUCGGACCCCGGGGUCCCCCCGGCCUGAAAGGGGAACAGGGCGACACCGUAGUGAUCGACUAUGACGGCCGAAUCCUGGAUGCGCUCAAGGCUGCAGGGAUACACAAAGUGAUGGGUUCGCCAGGUCCCCCAGGGCCACCGGGCCCCCAAGGCGCUCCAGGUCCCAAGGGAGAGCUGGGCUUGCCGGGUCCACCUGGACUGGACGGUGAAAAGGGUCCCAAAGGAGCGAAGGGUGACCAGGGCAGCGCAGGGAUCACGGGACAGAAAGGAGAGACAGGAGAAAUGGGCUUAUCGGGUCCACCGGGAGCAGAAGGGCCAAAAGGAGACAAAGGAGAAAAAGGAGACACCGGGUCGCCGUGUUUGCAGAAUAAUCAUAUCAUACCUGAGCCUGGACCCCCCGGAUUACCUGGCCCUAUGGGUCCUCCAGGAAUCCAGGGGCCUAAAGGCUUGGACGGUGCAAAGGGAGAAAAAGGUGACAGCGGUGAGAAGGGGGACCACGGUGACGCUGGACCCGCUGGUCUCCCCGGUGCUCCAGGGCUCAUCGGUUUACCCGGUACCAAAGGAGAGAAGGGAAAGCCAGGGGAGCCAGGAUUGGAUGGUUUCCCAGGUCUCAGAGGAGAGAAAGGAGAGAGGAGUGAAAGAGGGGAGAAGGGUGAGCGAGGAAUACCGGGGAGAAAAGGAGCCAAAGGGCAGAAGGGGGAACCAGGCCCUCCCGGACUGGAUCAGCCUUGUCCUGUGGGAGAUCGUAGCAUUGCAGGCAGCAAAAGGGACCCAGGUUUACCAGGCCUGGACGGGGUGAGCGUGCCCUGCCCUUUGGGACCGGAUGGACUGCCAGUAGCAGGAUGUUGGCAUAAGGUACAGUAAUAAUAAUAAUAAUUGUAUAUCCUUGAGCAGGUCCUGAGUAAUUUUGUUUGCCGCAUGGCGAUCGUUUGUGCUGCUGCACUUCCUUUAAGCAACAGGUUAUAUGCCUGGCAGACAUAACGCCAUGCCUUGGGAGAGCAGGAUUCCAUCUCGCUUCGUGUCUUGUUCCCCACAGCUGUAGACUGGUGCUAGGAACACUGCUCCAAAAACUUGCUAAGCGUGAAAAUCAGUCUUGUUAAUAUUGUCAGUAGCAAUGCCUUUUUUCAGGCUUGCUCAGGCUAGGCUUCUAUUAUGGCCCAGGCAGUUUAGGAACCACUCACGCAAAGACUGCACCGCUCUGCAAAAUGCGCUUCUGUGACUUAGACCAUACCCUCUAGCUGAGACUCUUACAGUGGGUUACCUCUUUGUCACAGAGUUACACAACAUUUAUUUCCAAACAAAGACUUUUCUGCCAUUGUAAUUAUAAUCCACAACCACUACGCUCCUUCAGUGCUUGAAUCAGUAAAUCAAGGUGCACGUGGUCAGGUAAUUCGUACUGUCUCACGCACCCAGAACAGCCAGGGGUUGUAAGUGCUAAAGGCAGCCCAGGAGAAUGAGGAGAGACGUGUCCUGCCGUAAGAUGAGCAUUUGAUCCAGACUUGUAGGAGGAUGCCGUAACCUCAUUCUCCGACAAGGGUAUGACACUGAAGCUGAGCGGAAUUACUAACCCACUUUGAAACACGUGGUUGUGGACACAGUUCGAGUUAAUAGCAAGCAUGUUACUAACUGGUUGCAAACCCUCGGUUAGAAUGUGAGCACGCCCUUAGCAUAUAAAAGUUUUUAAUUCUGUGGUAAGACAUUUGGAUGCACUGUUAAUAUUAAAAGAAAUCUGAAUGCCAAUCCUUAUAAUAUUAACAAUAAGAUUAGUAAGUGUAAUGAAUGGAGCAUUUCUCUUUGAUUAAAAUGUUUGUCUGUGUGUUCUUUUCCAGUGAUCUCUAAGCAUGAAGCACAAUAUGUAAAUAAUGUGAUAUAUUUUGAUCUUUUUAAUUUUUGUAUUAAAAAAGGAAGAAAAAAAAAAACCUUUCAACAGUAAUAUAUUGACCUUUUUUUAUACUGGAUUCUGUCAUUUAUGGACUUUGAAAAUAUUGUAAAGCUCCCAAACCCGUAAGAUACGCAUGGUAACAUCAAGAUUUGAUAAAGGUACCCGUGACAGUACCUGGGAAUGAACAGUAUUCACUGCUAAUGUUGCUGCGUGAACUAACAGUACUGAGACAGUGUGUUGCCUAGUGUGCCUUAUCGCAUGAAGGAGGGAGAAAUCCCUAUCCUAAUUUAGCUCUCAACUCUGUAUUUGCAUUGCACAUGCACAUUAAAAGGGUGAAAAAAUCUGGCUGAAAACAAAGAAGAAAAAAAGGAUGCAGCCCUAGAAUGAAAGAAGCUGCUGUGUACCAUCUGGUCAAACAAGAGAAGGACUUGCAGCUUGCAGAGGAAACAAAGCCAAGCUCCAUUCAUUGCUACCUGCUGUUGAUAUGAUGGAAAUAGCAAUUCUUUGGCUAAAGAGAACAACCUUGACUACCUGUGGUUAUUUCCACUACUAUCAAGAAAAGCUUUUUUUUUUCUCAAGAGGAAGCACCACUGGGUCCUGUUCUGGGGUCUGUGGCUGAAGAUGUGCAAAGCGCUUUGUUACUGUGGAACCCAAAUUCCCCAAGAAACCUCCACUGCAGAAUUUCAAAACACAAAAACCUAGUAAUACUUUCAGUGUAGAGAGUUGCAGGACAGGGAGGGCUCUGCUGAAGUCUUUUCUUAAACAACAGAGCACAUAAUGUUGCUGUUGGGGUUCCCAAAACUUGGGAGUUUGGAGCAUUUAAUUGUCUUGGUUUGUAGGGUUCAUUUGUGUUUGAUUUUUCUUGGUGUAUGUGGUUUUAAUUGUGAACUCUGUAACUGCACACUCCUCUUGUCCUCUUCCUUCUCUCUCCUUUUUCGGUCUCUUUCUUUAAAUUAUCUCAUCUCAGGCACAUCCCAUGCAGAGCAGGGUAAUGAAUAAAAGGAGGAUUAUGAUUUUGAUAUCUGCAUAUGGCAGUGAGAUCAAUUAAAAAUUUGCAAACUAUUCCGCUGUUCACAUUUUUAAUGAUGUUGAAAAAAAUAGAGAUUGUGCAGUAAAAAGCCAUAAAAAAUGACUUUAGGGAGGGAGAAAAUGGCUUACAGCCAAGUCUGUUCAGCUUACAAUGAAGAUCAAGAGGCAAUUGGAUUCCUUUACAGGGAGGAGAUGCUUUAUAUUAACAAGUUCUUAAAUUGAACAGAGAAAGUUAUACAAAUAUCCAUCCAACGGGUGGAAGGUGAAGCUACACAAAAUCAAAUAAAGUAAGCCAUGGAUUUUUAAUGGUGAGACUGGUUAAUCCUAACCAGACCAGUGACGUAAUCCCCAUCACUCUAAUGCCUUUUUGAUUUAACAGAUCAUUUCUGGAGGAAAUACUUUAGCCCAAUACAAGUUGCUAGGCUCUAUGUAGGAGUCUUAGGUGAAAUUAAGAGCCUGACCAUGAUAUCAAACCAGAUGAUGUAAGGGCUCUUUGUGGCCUUGAUUUAGAGAAUACAGAAGGGAGUCAUUUUUGCUGUAUUUGAGUAGAUCGGAACCCUCUGUUAGAUCCUUGUUCCGCUGCAUUUCUUAUGGCAGCUACUGCCAGAGAGGACUUGAGCGAGGGAUGCGACCGUCCAGGGGCAAUCUGCCCUGUACAAACUGACCUAAUGCUAAGGUAGUUCUUGCUCCGAUAUUCUGAAGAACAGUAGGAACAUGCUCAGUGCUCCAUGCAGGUAGGGUGACGUUUAACUGAUGUCUGUGAGUUCUUAUCUGUGACUGGGUCCUAGUUGUCCUUGAGUUUAUCCUUCUAGUAAGCUGGGAGCAUUUGUUAUCUGCUGGUAAAUGCUGAAAUAAAUGGCCAUCUAGCUUGGUAGAUGCGGACACAAAAGACAUGGCUGUAGGCAGUGAACUUUUGUUACCUGUCUUUGAUAGCUGCUUAGGGUCUACACCUACACAUUGCUUGCUUUGUGGCUAUACUUUGCACCUUCACCAGUUACUGACCAUUUUCUUGGUUACCAUAUAGAUUAAAUCCAUGUAAAUUCAGAUCAACUAACAAAUCAAGAAACAAGAAUUAUGUAACUCAAAACAGCAAUGAAAAUGCAUUUUAUUUACUUCCAUUUCAUGUUGUUAGCUAUCACUUUUGGUGUAGGGGUUUUUAAAGGCAUAAGGAGCAGCUGAACAAGCUCCCACUGGCUUUUAGUGCUUUUGAAAAACCCCUUUACUGUCCCAAAUUAAAGCUAAAAAUCUUCUUCUGUGGAAGGUUGAAGGCAAAUCUCUCAUUGAUGUCACCGGGAAGAUCUGUAAUUGUUCCCUUAAUGUACAGUUGCUCUUCCCAUCUCCCCCAGUCAUCUCCAAACUAAAAGCAAUUCACUACUCCAAACCACACUGUGGGCUUCUACGCUCAAAAUCCUGCAUGUGUCCUGUUCAUGGAACCUCUACUGAUAUCAAUGAGAGUUCAGUCCCCAGAAUGACUGCAGAAAGCACAAGAAUCUGGAAGUGUCCACAAACAAUCUACAAUGCAGAUAGAAAAGUCUUGUUUUACAUACGCUGGCAAAAACUAAACAGCUUUCUAUCUAGCUCCUACUUGAAGAAGUUUGAUAUCACUGAAGCUACAAGACAAGCUAACCUCCAAAGCUUAUGAAAUUAUAUUAAAAUUUAUAUUUUCUCUGAGGAAAUACCCCGAAGUCCUAUUAUCUUCAGGUAAACAAGUCAGUAUUCCGUCUUCAACUUG